AUGAUAGUCUUCAAAAACACACCUGCUGAUGCACUGGCAAAACCUUGGGCCAUCAAGACCAUGGCCAUUACUCAAGUACGACCGCUGGAUAGUACAAAAUGCGUAGGCAAGGUUGUCGAAGACCCUGCUCGUAUUCACAAGAAGUUACCCAAGAAUUUUUACAUCAACGGUGGCGCAUUUCCAUUAUGUUACGAUGAAGACAACCAGGCAAUGGCGCCGUCUGAGCUAAAGACCGGAGACGUCGUUAAAGUCACUUUUCUGCUGACGGCGUAUGAAGGUACUCUAGUGUCGGGCUCCAAGCUUGAAGCAGACCAAGUCAAGAAAUAUGGCCUCACGCAAAACCUCACGAAACGGGGUCAUCUUUACCCACAUAACUACGAUGCACUGAUGCAACGACUGAAAGAGACAAAGACCUGCUAUUCCCUGUCUUUCUCUGCCACUAAACACUCGACACUACCAGUCCUUGGCGGCGUCAAUCCAUUCACGCGUGGCUUGCUCAGGCAUACUUGUUGGACGCAAUGCAUGUUUGAAGUACGCAGGCAAGCAACUGAUUAUUGGUUAUGGAAUGCCAGAGACCCUUGCAUGAUGCCAGGGACGGGUUUGUGUAUCAAACUCAAUCAUGCACAUGAAUUACCACUCAUUGAACAAGUUGACUCUCUUUUGGGAAUAAUCGACCUUGGUCCAUUGUUCGAGAUGUCGCCACUCAGUCUACAGCGAUGCUUUUGCUGGGCCGACUUUCAGAUCCAGCGCAUCGUCAAUGUUACGCGCAUCCCUUCACCCAACAUGUCAAAAGCCAAACCUUACAAAUGUGACGCCAAAUCAGUGUAUGAGCGUGUUGCCAGAGGUGCUAAUUACUACAAUGGCUUCACUCGGGACGGAUGGGGCGUGAUGCAUUACGAUGGCAAGGAUGAAUUGAGGGUGGCGGGCAACAAGACUUGCGAGGCACACAAGUAUGAUUGUCUAUGCGGUGCGAAAGGCACCUAUUGUUCGGAAAGUCAUGUGCAUGAACCCUACAUUCCCGCCCACUACAUUCCAGAGUACAACAACAGGGAUUGGGGUUGA